AUGGUUGAAACACUAACUGCGUUCAUUUCAGAAUUUGCUCUUUGCCCAGAUAAGGAGGACGGCUGGAUUUGGAAGGCGACAAAGGACGGGGUUUUUUCAACCAAGUCGGCGUAUGAAGUUAUCGCGGCGGCCAGGAAUGAGCCUUCUCCGAUGUCCAUGUUUAAAGAGGAGUUAGCUCAAGUUUGGAAGACACCGGCACCACACAAGGCAAAGGUGAUCGCGUGGAGAUGCCUGCGAAAUAGGUUGCCGACUUGCAAUAACCUUGUCAAGAGGAAUGUACCACUUGGGAUUGAGGAGACGUGGUGUAAUGCUUGCGUUACAAGUUUUGAGACGGCGGAGCAUCUGUUCUUACAUUGUCCAAAGGUGGAGAUUGUGUGGGAUAAAAUACAGCAAUGGAUUGAUAGCAAAAUUGUGAGGUCCCAAGGUAUUCCUCAACACUUCACCUCGUUUUUUUGUGCUGCAAGAGGAAAGAACAGCAGGAAAUUUCUCAUGGCAUUGUGGGUGUGCACAAUUUGGCUAAUUUGGGAAAAAAGAAAUGACAGCAGGUUUGAAGGAAAGGCUUGGGAUACUGAGAAGUUAGUUCUUGAAAUUAAAGGAAGACUUUGGAGCUGA